AUGCUUAUGAACUCAGCAACUAAGGACCAGACCACCUUCACGGCGUCCCUCUAUGGUGGCUCUUUCGGCGGCAUGGCGCUGGCCCUCAUCAUGGUGAUCCUGGCCUCAUUGCCGCUCUGCUGUGGGGUUUUGAAGCAGUACGGGAAGAUCAUUGCUGGCAUCACCAUCGUGCUUGGAUUGCUCUCCUUGGUGGUUCCCCUCUUUGGCUCCAUGGGCGCCUGCGGGCCUUUCGUGGACGCCAUCUGCAGCGAGCGCUGCAGCGGCUACGAGUGCACGGCAACUGAGAGGGACGACAUGUCGUCAGUCUGCAACGCGCUGGGCUUCCUGGUGGUCUACAUCGGCGCCUUUGGCUGGGCCACCUGCGUCCUGGGCAUCGUGGCGGCUGCACUGGGCUGCUGCGUCUGCUGUGGCUGCUGCAAGGCCAAGAUGGACGGGCCCGCGCCAGGGGGUGGGCCAACCGUGGUGGUGGGGGCUGUGCAGCAGCCGGCAUGA